AUGGAUAUCAAAGCUUCGUCGCGCGGCCACUUUAACAACCAGUCGGCGCACGAGCUGACCACGCCACCCGACGAGGUGGGACCCAUGCUGCCUGACGAGGGUUUCCAGGCCUCCACCGUCAUCGCUGGCCUCAUGCCCGACUCCUUCGGCGAGAUGUUCAAUUUCCUCGACGGCGACAGCUUCGGCAUUGGACCGAUGCACGAGUUUGUGUACGGUUGGCAAGCGAUUGUGAACACAAUGAGCAUGAAGAACAACGUGGAGGUGAGGAAGCGCGCCGGGCUGCAGCGGUUCGCCCUGGCGGGCAUCAACGGCAUCACGCUCAUCUCGCACAUAGGCGUCACCGAGAUCAUGAUCAAUGGCACCCGCUCCUACUGCUUCGGCGGUGUGUCGCGACCGCCGGGCCGCCGCAGCGUCAUAUGCAAGGGCGCCAUGUAUCAGGAGGGUCGAUUUUCGUGCAGGGUGCCUUUCCUGCGUUACCCAACGAUGCUCGGCUAUCGCUAUUGUAUCGACAAAUAUGCAGCAGUUAAUACUCUUGACGGCACGUACAAGACAACGUACUGCGCCCGCGGCGAGUCGGUGCCCAAGUUCCACUACGACUACAUCUGCGAGCGGCGCGACGUGAAGAUCAAGCGCAUCAAUCUCACCGAUCCCAACGAGAGGUUUAACAUUCGCAAUCCGGUGGUUCGCCGAGCGGAGUACUACAGGGCGCCGUACGACAUCCUCAAGGCCUGCCCAGACUGGUACGGCUGCAACUUGCGUAUUUCUACAGAAGCACUCCAUCAGGACAUCCCAUCGGCUCUGCUUGGCGCGAACGAAACCGCUUUCGUGGGACACGGUGGCAAGUACUGGCUGGCCCUCUACUACACUCAGCUGUCGACAUAUGCGAUCUACUUCCAAGCGCACGGCGAGUACCCGUGGCAAUCCAACCGUCCCAUCGUUUCCAUCGAUAAAGGCGGCAUAUGGGAACAACUGCUAAAGGCCAACAUCGGUCCAGACAUGAACCUGCACUACAAUCUCAACGGCAUUUAUAACCGCUACCCCGGCGGCAACGUCGCGCCGGAUCUAUUGAGGAACGAUGGCCAGGUUCAGCCGGCCAACUUUCGAACAGACAGCCGUGACGCGGCUCCCGAGGAGUUGGUCAUCGGCAACGCUCAUCUCGUCAACGGACCGGGUUCUGAGACGGGCAGUUCCAAUUACAACAAAUUCAUCCACGAUAGCCAAAUACAAGGCAGCUUUGACCACGGAAAAAACGUG